CCCCUCACUCUGGUAGUGCUGGCAGCAUCCAUCCACAGUACACACACUAUGCUGUCUGUGUUCCAGAGAGAAUAUAUCAGCUCCACACAGGGAGGAGAGGAUUAACUCAACAUCAGCUCAUCUGCAUAUUCCCAGGGAACACACAAGCACCCAAGGCUUCUUCUCUUCCCCAUCCAACUCCAGCCAUCACAGGACUUGACACUCUCAUCGUUGGAGCACCGUUCAUCCCAACUCUCUCUGCUGUGAGAGGAUUUAAAGGAGGACACGUCUUUCUGCUUUUUGGAUUUUGCCAUUUUUGUGUUUCUUCGCUAAGUUUAGGCUUGUCAAAUUGGAGCAAUGCAAUUCACAUGACAUAGUUUAGACCAGUUCUAAGCAUCCCGUUUUUUCUUUUUUUCCUUCUCCAGAGGACCUCUGACUUUUUUAACUGCUCUAUAGGGCUUGCUGCUUGUUCAACUGAUUUGGUCAACCUGAGUGUCAGAAUGCCAUCCAGGGAGUCUUACGAGGUCCGGAAGGGAGAGAAGUCUUUGGUGCACAAGGCAAAGCAGGAGGCCAACCAGCAGGACAUACUGGCUGCUGCUCUGGGGAUGAGGAUCUCAGGACCCCAGAAACCUCCAGCCACUAUCUGGCAGCCUCUCAAACUGUUUGCCUAUUCACAGCUCACCUCGCUGGUCCGCAAAGCCGCACUGAAGGAUAACAGCCUGCCGCCCAAGUACGAGAAAGUCCACAACUUCAAGGUCCACACGUUCCGGGGACCUCACUGGUGUGAAUACUGUGCCAACUUCAUGUGGGGGCUGACGGCUCAGGGAGUCAAAUGUGCAGAUUGUGGCCUGAAUGUCCACAAGCAGUGCUCCACUAUGGUACCCUGCAACUGCGUGCCAGACCUGAAACACAUCAAGAAAGUAUACAGCUGUGAGCUAACAACCCUGGUGAAAGCUCACAACACCAAGCGGCCCAUGGUGGUGGACAUGUGCAUACAGGAAAUUGAAUCGAGAGGGCUGAAGUCUGAAGGGCUCUACAGAAUAUCUGGAUUCAGCGAUUCAGUCGAAGAUGUCAAGUCGACAUUUGACAGAGAUGGUGAGAAGACAGACAUCUCUGCCAAUGCCUAUGAAGAUAUCAACAUCAUCACGGGUGCACUUAAACUGUACCUCAGAGAUUUACCCAUUCCUGUCAUCUCCUACGACGCCUACCCCAGGUUCAUCGAGACUGCAAAGCUGGAAGACCCAGAGAAGCGGCUAAAGGCCUUCCGUGAGGCUCUGGAACUGCUGCCUGCAGCACACAGUGAAACCCUGAGGUACCUCAUGGCCCAUUUAAAGAGGGUGACGUUGAAUGAGAAGGACAACCUGAUGAAUGCGGAGAACCUGGGCAUUAUUUUUGGGCCCACUCUCCUGCGUGCUCCCAACCUGGACGCCAUGACGGCACUCAACGACAUCCGCUACCAACCGCAGGUGGUGGAGUUCCUCAUCAAAAAUGAAGACAUCCUCUUCUGAAAACAGACACAUCCAUCCUGCUAAGAUAAGGAAGACAUCCUCUUCUGAAAAACAGACACAUCCAUUCUGCUAAGAUAAGGAAGACAUCCUCUUCUGAAAAACAGACACAUCCAUCCUGCUAAGAUAAGGAAGACAUCCUCUUCUGAAAAACAGACACAUCCAUUCUGCUAAGAUAAGGAAGACAUCCUCUUCUGAAAAACAGACACAUCCAUCCUGCUAAGAUAAGGAAGACGUCCUCUUCUGAAAAACAGACACAUCCAUCCUGCUAAGAUAAGGAAGACAUCCUCUUCUGAAAAACAGACACAUCCAUCCUGCUAAGAUAAGGAAGACAUCCUCUUCUGAAAAACAGACACAUCCAUUCUGCUAAGAUAAGGAAGGAAAGAGACAGAUUUUUUGUAAAACAGCUUGAUGCUGUCUAAACACUUUUUUUGUGAAAAGACUUGAAGGAACUUUUCUAUUGCAUUUGUAUUACAUAUGAAUCUUUGUAAUUACAUUUGUGAUACAUCCGUUUCCACUCCCAGUUAAGCAGUCCUGAGCAGUCCUUUAUUUUCCCCUGUAAUGGGUGUGGAUGGUGAUGUACCUUAAACUUGCAUGUCUGUCUCCCCAUUUUUGUCGGGGCUUGUGUAGAACACUGAUGGACCAGACUUGGCCGUGUCUUUAUUUUGUGUAGCUUUGUAGCGGUAACCUCGCAUGCGGUAAAUAUUGUAAAACGUUAACCAGGUUUCCAUCCAACCUUUUAAUGCGUGGAACGUACAUGUCGGAUAAAACAUUUAAUGACAGGCCUGAUGGAAACAGAUCAUUUUAUCGGUAAACUUGCCAAAUGUCAACAAAACAAAAUACGUUAGACAAGGUGGGACCUUUUCGUGUUGGUAAAAUUAAUUAUGUGAGAAAUGUUGGUGGAAACAAUUUAAUGCGCAAAUAUUGAUAUAAUAACCAUCAUAUCGAAGUAAACUUGGAGUGGCUGUGUGGUCCUCCCACUAAAGUUGUGUGGUCCUCCCACUAUGACUCAUAGGGAAAGCAUGCAGGUAUCUUUAUGUGCACUACAUCACACACAGACUUUUAUCCACAAGUCAAUUUGAUGGAAAAACAUCUCUGGUGGGAAAAUGCUCAUAUUGUUUUUAUACGUAUUUUAGCAUAUUCACAUGAAAAUCUGUCACCAGUUGGAUGGAAACCUAGCUAUAGUUACUCUGCUAUUAUUUGUCAUAUAGAUUUACAGUAUCUCCUGCCCGGUUGCCCAAUGGGCAAUUGUUUUUGUGAAGCAUUGUAUACCUGGAUGUGAAAUAGACUACUGUAUCUUCUCUGAACCUUUGUAAUUAUCUUUGACUGAUUCGGUCUUUUUUGCCUUUUCAGCUGUUUUCAAUGUUUUUUUUAGGGGAAAUGCAAAGCCUCUUUCAAUCAGAAAACAAUCUGUGUACCUUUAAAUGUUCUGUUACAUUUUCCUGACAGUCAAAACUGUGUUGCAUUCAAACUGUUAGCUUUGUGCAUUUAAUGUUUGUUCUUUUUAAAAAAUAUUUUUGUACUUAAUUUGCGCAUGUAAAUUAUAAUUUAUUAAACCUUGCUUGCUGAAAAUGAA